AGCCUCACAUGCUUAAUUUAUAUCAGACACCUCGCCUAUAACUUUCCCAAUUCCAAUGCUCACCGCUCUUGCUGCCCUGAAAUUGAGAAAAAAAUCGAUAGAGGAGGGAGGAGGAGAAAAUUAAAAAAAGAUUUAAUCUUUCCCUAAUUUCGACAAUGUCGAGCGGCAAGAAGAAGUACAUUCUGAGCAGCCUGACUGUGAGCUUGGGGUGCAGCAGCAGCUGCCGGCGGCCGAAGCUUUCCGCCGUGUUCAACCCGCGGCCGCGCCAGAGGUCGUCGCACUUGCAGGGGCGGCGGCAAUGCUCGUCGGCAAGCUCGUGGGACACGACGACGACGACGUUCUCGUCGGCGGUGGAGACCCCGACGGCGUGCUACUCCUCCGACACGGAAUCGGACGUCCGGAGCCUGAGAGCCGUUCAGGGUUUCGGGCGCGUGGGCGGCGCGAGCGUGGCGGUGGAGAAGGACUCCGACGAUCCGUACCUGGAUUUCCGGCAGUCGAUGCUGCAGAUGAUUCUGGAGAGGGAGAUUUACUCCAAGGACGACCUCAAAGAGCUCCUCAACUGCUUCCUCCAGCUCAACUCGCCCUACUACCAUGGCACCAUCGUCCGCGCCUUUACCGAGAUCUGGAACGGCGUCUACUCCGCCAGGUCACCCAACCUGCAUGCCAUGUGCCGCUCACGUGACUUCUAGCCCACCUCGCCGGCCGCCACGUGCAUCCCAUCUUAUCUCCGUUGACAACAGUGUUAAUUAGAGACUCUGAUAGAGAAACCCAAAUGUACAAAAUGGGUUUCUUUUUAUUUAACUCCAUCCUUAAUUAAUUUUUCAUGUUGCUUUGAAUUUCCUAGUUGUAGAUUAGAUUUUCACAGCAUUUUUGGAGAUCGAGUGCUCCUCAAAAAUUCUGUGAAAAUUGUAAUCUUGUAACCUUCUCUACUAUUAAUCGUCAAUGUUAGUGAUUAAUGCACUAGUCCCAAUUAAAGAUUAA